UUCCCUGACGAUUGUGUAGUGUGGUGCUCCGACGUAAAUGCGCGAAAAGUCGAGGUUGGGGGUUGAGCUUAUGAUUUUGCAUUCCCGCGUUCCUUCAAAGCCGAGCUGUGUAGUACUGCUGGUCGUUUUGAUCAGUUUUGUGUGAUUUUUUUUUUGUACUUUAAAUAAAGCAUGGCAGAUACCGUUUUUGAAGUACCGAGAGCCCGCAUCAAUUCUAGCAUGUUAUCUCAGUAUAUCAAUAAGCCUAUAUGUUUCGUAGGACAUGUGGAGAAGAUUCAUCCAUCUGGCUUAUCUUUCAUUUUGUCAGAUGGAGAAGGAAAGAAUGCAUCCAUAGAACUAAGCGAACCAUUGGAAGAGGAACUUAGUGGAACAGUGGAGGUUAUAGGAAGAGUGACAACAAAAGCUACCAUCUUCGCAAAUACAUUUGUUCCAUUCAGAGAAGACAAAAUCAGUUUUGAUUUGUCAUUGUACAAUGAAGCCCUGAAAGUUAUACACGAUUUCCCUCAGUUUUACCCUUUUGAAACUGUCGGAAGUGAAUGAGAGAUUGUUCCCACACAGACAGUAAAACCAUUUUGGGUUUGCAUUUUGACAGUUUGCUUUU